UACAAGUUUCCACUGAGCGACUCUCUCUGCCUGCAGCACAGAUGGGGAUGCAUGAAACUCUGCCUUCUUCUGAGAGUCUGGACUCAGUAUUCUGUCUGUCUCUCCCUCUAUGGGUGUGACUCCUGACUCCCUCCCAGACUAUGACACAACUUUUCAGUUCCUUUUGAAUAAGUGCAGCAAAGUUGCACGCUUCUUUGCACAGCGACUUCCUCAGGAGCCUCUUGUCCCAGGUCUGCGGAGCACAAUGGCCCCACUGCUGUGGAUUGUUACUGGAUUCUGCUGCCUGCUGAGUGUGUGCCACGCGCGUACAGUUAUCAGCUGCCGCUUCAAAGGGGUUUUCCACGUGGAAAAGUACGAUCGAUAUUCACUGAAUCAGGAAGAUGCCAUAAAGCUCUGCAGGGACCUCAACAGCACCAUUGCUAAUUACAAACAACUGGAGAUCGCCUUGGAUUUUGGCUUUGAAACCUGCAGGUAUGGCUGGAUUGACGACCGUGUAGUGAUACCACGAAUCAAACCAAAUUCCAUAUGUGCUGCCAAUUACACUGGCAUCUUCACCCUUGGCUCUAACGAAUCCCUGCGCUUCGAUGCCUACUGCUUCAAUGCCUCAGAGACGGAAGACAAGUCCUGUGACCCUGUUCUCUUCCUCAAUGAAACCGAUUUGUCUCAUAAAACGAUUGACUCUUAUGAUCCAACUUUAGAUACUCAAAACCCUUUUCGAAUCCAGAAUUCUGACAAAAAUGGAUACCUGGGAGACUCUGUUACUGAUCCAGGCCCUGCCAUGAUCACACCAGAUUCUGGGCAGGAUUGGGGUGAAACUCAAGGAACCCCUGACCCAGAUGAUGACCAUUAUUCUACAAAGGAAGAUGGUUCUGAUUCCACAGAACAACCCAGUGAACAUGGAAUUGAUCAUUCAGGGUAUAUCCCAGACCAUCACUAUCCCAUAGAAGAAAAGGAUCCUGAACUACAUAAAUCUGAUACAGAACCUACAACCAAAACUUUUUAUCAUGGUGAUGACUUUGAACAUGAUAGGCAUCCAAGUCAUCAUGGAGGACAUCACGAUACAGAAACAGAUUAUACCAGGCCAGAUGACGAAAGCAGUAUGGAGCCCGAUAGCUAUCCAGGAGAGGUCCCAUCUGUCACUGAUUCUUUCCUUGUCCCAGAAGAAGAAUUUGAUGACCACCUUUAUGACCAUGAUGGAGAACAUGGAAAGAAGGGAAGAACUUUUAACCACGAUCCAUCAUCUGAGAAUGCUAUGGUCGAAAAUCAACCCAAACAGAGAAGAGGAGCUAGAGUUCCUGACUGGUUAAUUGUGUUGGUGGCUCUCGUGGCUCUGGGACUGAUAUUGUCUGUCUGUCUUGCAAUCAAUACCCGCAGACUGUGUGGGCAAAAGAAGAAAUUGGUAAUAAAUGGAAACAAGAAUAGACUGGAAGACGGGGAGAUUAUGGAGCAAAAUGGAGACAACAUCAAGUCGCAAGAGAUGGUACAACUCGUUUCCCAAGAGCACACAGUCGACCAAGACAGUCCAAUGAUUCAAGAAGAUAUCAAGAGGAACGACAAGGAUGUAGACAUGAAAAUUGGAGUCUAGCAUCUCCAAAACCAAUGAACAAACUCUGUUGAACAACUAAGACUGAAUGUAGAGUUAUAAGGAGCCAUGGACCGCUUCAUAAGGAUCCCAUACUGCUUCUGUAUGUCAAAAUCUUAUAAGUGAGGCAGCCAAACAGAAUAACAGCUUUCAGGCUGUUCCAUGACAGCAGACACUUUCCAAUGCUCUUCUCCUGUAUGGAAUCUUAUCUUAGGGGCUCUGGUGUUGGUGAUAUGAGGAAAAUGAAGUACUAAAAGACCAGGGAUGUCCAAACAACUCACUAAGAAUCAUGUAGCAAGAAAAUAGACCUCUGUAUCAUCUUCAUCUGCUGAGAUCAUCACCUUGGGUCCUGGAGAUCAAAGCACUUUGUCAAGAUGAUACAGUGGAAACAUUGGACAGUAAUCAACACACGGCAGUGACUAACUGCAUUUUGCAUUUCUUUGACAUGUAUUUAUAGCUCUGUGACAUCCGUGGAUAAUGACCCAAGAAGUAUCUCACUAUGUACCCAAAUCUACUUGAGUUGGCCCAAGUUUUGGGAAGUAUUUGAGUCAGCUUCUAUAAUCUCAAAACACCGUUAUACUGAGAUAAGUUCCAAACAAUACAUGGUCUUUUUAGUUAUACCCUUCCUUCCUCAAAAAUGUUACAAUUGUUCUGACAGAGGAACGGUAAACCAACUACUGGGUCAGAAUUACAGGGCUGAAAAAAAUUAAUCUGCCAAUUUAAAAAUGGUCAUUCUAUAACCCAAAAUCCCCAGACUAUGAGGAAGCCCCCAAAGCAGUUGAUGAAGGGGCCCAGGCUGAAGGUUAGGAUAAAACAUAGUGUGUGUGUUACCAGAUCAAGACAUUGGGGUCCCUUUAAGAAUUUCUUUUUGUAUAGAUUCUAUUUAAGUUGGCUAACUGUAUAUAUAUAUAUAACAACCUGAUUCCUACUCACGGGUUGGGUGUCAGUUUCAAUGAACAAGAGAAGAAGCAUUGGAUCUUAAAAUAUCCCAAGCUUUGAUGAGUUGCUCUGGCACUGCUUGGCUGGAAUAGACUUUCAUAACUGAGGAGCUUCAGAGGAGUCUCGUACUGUGUAUAUUCUGGGGAUAUGUUAGUGCUGAGAAUUUCAGACACUGCCUGGUGUAGACGAAUGUAUGUUGUGACCGUUCACUCCCAAAGAGUUCUCAUUGAUCAGGGCCUCUGGUUGGAAUGGCGUUAGAGUGAAGACAUCAAGCAGAUACAGGGUGUUCUUUGUCUAUAUAGAACUUCCAAGGGCUUAAAUUUAAUGUAUGGAAGAUAUUUUAUUUUGUGUGUCAUUGUUAGAGGAGAGGAACUGGGGCAAAGGGUGACUAGGUUUUAACAGGAUAACCCUUAAUUUCAUGGUGAAGGGGGUUUAAUCCCAAUCUGUUAGGGUUACUAGCACAAUUCUGGUCUCUGAACAACAGUCAAAGCUAAGGUUGACGGAUUACUGGUUUAAUUGGGGAGGCUAGGGGCUUCUGAUAUCCUUUAAAGGUUCGAUCUGAUUGGGUGCUCUCUUACCAACUAAUUGUCCAAUGUGACAUGGUGACUGGCAAGCCAAAAGGUUAUUAAUGCAAACUGCAGGGGUUGCUAGGAGAUCCUUGCAGUGGCCUUCAGAAGUGGAUCAAACCUGCUAUACAUGGUCUGAAUGAUAGGAUUAAGGACUGUUUAUCCAUGUUGGUGAUUUCCCUCAAUCCAUAGACUUUCCAGACGCUUCUCCUGGUCGCAUUAUUGGGGAGACACGUCAGUCUUGUAGAUGGGACCCAUUGAAGACCUACCAGAUAGCGGUGAUUUGCAUCAUUAUAGGUCAACUUUGGAAAACACUGACACACUUUGGAGCAUUUAUUUUUGCUAACAAUCCCCCUGUUAAACAUGUGAUCUGGUGGGCAGGAGCCUGAUGCAGGGCCAGUUUAUUUAAAUUAAUAUUAAAAUUGCAGAAGAAGAACAAUUCAUGUACAGGACAUGAGCACAAUCGUGAUUACAUGUGGGUCGGGAUAUCUGUGGAACACAAUUUCAUGAGGAAAUACCCCAAUAAUAAAAAAACACAUGAUCUACACUAUAAAGUAGUACUGAAUAUCUGUCCUGUCGACACCGUCUUUUCUGAACAGGAGGUCCUGAUGCAGAAUAGCUUUUGGGUACAGACUCUUUAUAGCAAAAGGCUCUUAAUGGGGCAGUGAACAUUUAUACACUAUAAGCCAAGUUUCACUUCACACAAUGAAACCACCUCUGUCCGUGUGCAGGAAACCUCUGCCUUCAAUCACUUUUAUUGCCUGUUUUUUUCUUGCUAUAAUGUCAAUUUUAUUGCAUUUUUGAUUCAUGAGUAUUGACAUACGCCCAGUGUGAUGACUCUCCCCAGCGACUCAGAGUUCUGUAAUUAUCAGGCGAUUUCAUUGAAUGAAAGAAUAAAGAGCCGGUGUUACAAUACAGUAAAA